GAGGGGUCAUGCAUUUCCACUUAGUGACCUUGACCUGUGGGAUGGCUUUGGAGCUCAGCAACAAGUUCGUUCCUGCCUGAGGUGGAGCACAGUGGCCGUUCAGCAGUUCUCAAGAGAGGACCUCAUUCAGAGAUCACAAGGUGCUCCAGACAUCGCAUUUCCAACACUUCAGGGUGGGAAGGAAGCAACCUGGCUUGAAUCUCGACACCUGCUGUUCCCAAGGAUGGCAUCUCAUGUUGGAGUUACAAUCUUCUUUUUCUCAACCUGGAUUGCAAGCAUCGCAACCCAGCACAAUUUUCCUUUGCAAGAUAUUAAGACUCUCCAGUGCAGGAUUUCUGGAAUAACUCUUGCUUCACAUAUUAACAAUAAAGGUGCAUUUAAUUUUGUCACUGCACGACAAGUAUGCGAGCAGCUGGGGUUACAGUUGGCAUAUAAAUCUCAGGUUGAAAAGGCUUGGAAGCAUGGCUUUGAAACCUGCAGUUUUGGCUGGAUACAAGAAGGGAAUCUUGUCAUUUCCCGGAUAACUCCAAAUGAAAAAUGUGGUAGGAAUAACACUGGAAUAGUCACCUGGAGAAAAACACAUGACUUUCAAGCCUAUGCUUACUGUUACAAUUCUUCAGACACAUGGAAAAAUUCCUGCAUACCAGAAGAAAGUACAACUGCAUCCCUGGACGUUACUAUGGAGGCAAACUCUACUUCUGCAGUCUUGCCUCAGGACACUUCAGCAGUAGUUCAAACAUCUGAGUCACAGAAAACGAAAGAGCCUUCAAAGCUGCUAUAUCGCAUUAUAUGUGUAAAUCAGACCAUUUCACCAACAGCACCAACUACGGAGGAUGUGAUCCUACAUCUAACGGCAAAACAAACUGCCUUUAGAAAUGAUGUUCUGUUUGGAGGUGUACCCACUGCCCUCCUUGUGCUUGCCCUCAUCUUCUUCAUAGCUACAGUUGUUUUAGCAGUCUGCUAUGUCAAAAAAUACAAGAAAACAUUUCCAUUUUCCAACAAGGAGGAGAAAAGGGUAGAAAUUGAAACCAAGAACAUCAAAGAAACAAGGACAAACGUCAAAACUCCAGGGCAGGAACCCAAGGGAAACGGGAAAAACACAGAAGAAUCUCAAGCCAAGCCUGAACCACGGGUAAAAUGUUUGGAAGCAGAAGUUUAA